GCCAACUGACAACCCAUCGUUUUGGUUAGCAAAACACAGCAAUUUAAAAUAGAACGGAUAAAUGCAAGCAAAAGGCGGAAGUGGAGAGCAUUGCAUAAAUAUUAGUUUGCGUGGGCGCAGAGGCAAAACAUUGACUUUCAUCCGCUCUGCCCGUGUUCAUCCGAGUUUUCCGCCCCUGUGCUGUGCUGUCCGCCUCGUUGGGUGAUUAAAUAAUCAAACAGCCGCCAGUGCCAAGUGCAGUUGUCACCUUGCAUUUGGCCGAAUAAAGCAAAAUAUAAAAUGUUUUCACUUUCUCGCCACGCACUGCGGCGCACUCGAAAUUUCGCACUUGCCGCCGCCAAUUGUGCUGCGUCUUUUCCAGCUGCCCGCCACUUCGCAGAUUCACGUCAAGACAACGAAAACCCAACCAACAGGGAUUCCGGAAAAGCAACGAGGAUGGAGAACAAGAGCGAAAAGGUUACAGUGAACAAGGAGGAGCUCCGCAAGCGCCUGACCCCGCUGCAGUAUCAGGUUACCCAGGAGGCGGGCACCGAACGCCCCUUUACAGGUUGCUACAACAAGCACUACGAGAAGGGCGUGUAUCAGUGCAUCGUGUGCCAUCAGGACCUGUUCAGCUCGGACACCAAGUACGAUUCGGGCUGCGGCUGGCCGGCAUUCAAUGACGUCCUGGACAAGGGAAAGGUCACUCUGCACCGCGACGCCAGUAUACCAGUAGUCAUUUCGAAAACGCUAGGCAUGGUGCGUACGGAGGUGCGCUGCUCCCGGUGCUCCGCCCACAUGGGGCACGUCUUCGACGACGGACCCCCGCCCAAGCACCGCCGCUUCUGCAUCAACUCUGCGUCCAUCGACUUUGUGAAGAGUGCGGCGCCAUCGAAAACGGACCCCCCAACAGCCUCUUCUAAAAAAUAAGACCGAUCUGCCUGAGCACCCCGACGUAACAUAGCGGUGGAGGAAAAGCCUUAUAUAGACCUGAGAAAUACUUUUUCCUGAUGAAAACGAUGAAAGAUUUUGAAAGUAUAUAGUUUUGUUGUCAGAUCUAUGAAGAGCUUCAGAUGCAAAAGGAUAUUACUAUAUUUUAUAGCAGUUUAUUAUUCAAAAUGUUAAUCAAAAAUGACAAAGCUUGUACAUGACAGUUGCUCGAAUAUGUAUUUUGGAACAGGGAGUGAGAGAUUAUUGUUGUAGAUCAGUCAAGAUCCUUUUAAUUUAUUUGAAUAUAUAUUUUAUCUGUA